CCUCCACGGCCGCCGCCGCCGCGGGGCCCUAAAGCCGCCCGGCUCAAGAGGAUGGUGCGGCUGGCGGCCGAGCUGCUGCUGCUGCUGGGGCUCCUCCUGCUCACCCUGCACAUCACCGUGCUGCGCGGCGGCGGCGGCGACCCCCACGGCCCCCCGGGCGCCGGCAACCACAGCCAGCGGCAGAACACACUCAAUGCAGAUGACCAUUCCCCUGAAGACAGCUUCACCUUGAACCCCGAGGACAGACGAGAAUACCCCGAUCUCCAGGCUGCCCACCGGCCGUUCCCCAAGCAGCACUUCAGGCAGGAGAAUGGGCAUACGUCCUUGCAAAGAGAUGGACCCAGAUCUUUCCUCCUGGAUCUCCCAAACUUCCCCGACCUGUCAAAAGCAGAUAUCAAUGGGCAGAAUCCCAACAUUCAGGUUACCAUUGAAGUGGUGGAUGGCCCUGACACCGAGACGGACAAGGAUCUGCAGAAAGAGAGCAGCAAGCCUAGCUGGCCUGUCCCAUCGCCUGAAUGGAGAAACUGGUGGCAAAGGUCCUCCACCUUGACUCGCAUGAGCAGCGGUGACCAGGACUACAAGUACGACAGCACUACUGAGGACAGCAACUUCCUAAACCCUCUUGGUGGGUGGGAUAGUCAUGCACCCAGUCACCGGACAUUUGAGUCCAAGGAGCAGCCAGAGUAUGAUUACAUGGAUGGCGAGGGAGACUGGAGCCCGUGGUCCCUCUGCAGCGUCACCUGCGGCAGCGGCAACCAGAAGAGGACGAGGUCCUGCGGGUACGCCUGCACGGCCACCGAGUCGCGGACCUGUGACCGGCCCAACUGCCCAGGGAUUGAAGAUACCUUCCGGACAGCUGCCACAGAAGUGAGCUUACUUGCGGGAAGUGAAGACUUCAAUGCUACCAAGCUGUUUGAAGUUGAUACUGAUAGCUGCGAAAGAUGGAUGAGCUGCAAAAGCGAGUUCUUGAAGAAAUAUAUGCACAAAGUGGUCAAUGAUCUUCCCAGCUGCCCAUGCUCCUACCCCAGAGAAGUUGCAUACAGCACUGCUGAAAUCUAUGAUCGACUGAAGAGGAAAAACUUCCGCUGGAAAGAUGCGAGUGGUCCAAAGGAAAAACUGGAGAUCUAUAAACCCACUGCACGAUACUGCAUCCGCUCCAUGCUCUCUUUGGAAAGCACAACACUUGCAGCACAGCACUGCUGCUAUGAUGAUAAUAUGCAGCUGAUUACCAGAGGGAAAGGGGCAGGCACGCCGAACCUGAUCAGCAUUGAAUUCUCAGCAGAACUCCAUUACAAAGUGGACAUUCUGCCUUGGAUUAUAUGCAAAGGUGACUGGAGCCGGUACAAUGAAGCGCGGCCUCCAAACAAUGGGCAGAAGUGCACAGAAAACCCUUCAGAUGAAGACUACUACAAGCAAUUUCAAGAAGCAAGGGAAUACUGAGAUGUUCCUCCUCUUGAGACACAAAAUAGCAUUCGUUUCCUGGAUGCCAAAGAACUGAUAACGGCUGCUGCAUUGUCUCCUUGACAGGGGUUGAUCAGUUUCUUUCUAAUGAAUGUAUAUAGUUGUAAUAUAAUACAUAAGUAUU